UCCCUAGUCGCUGCAGCUGUCGCCGCCCGCGCCUUCGAGGUCUCACCGCUUCCUCAGCAGAGACCUGGGCUCGGCCGCCAUGUCCGCCGCGGACGAGGUUGACGGGCUGGGCGUGGCCCGGCCGCACUAUGGCUCUGUCCUGGAUAAUGAGAGACUCACCGCAGAGGAGAUGGAUGAAAGGAGACGGCAGAAUGUGGCGUACGAGUACCUUUGUCAUUUGGAAGAAGCCAAGAGGUGGAUGGAAGCGUGCCUGGGGGAAGAUCUGCCACCCACCACAGAGCUGGAGGAGGGGCUGAGGAAUGGCGUGUACCUUGCCAAGCUGGGGAAUUUCUUCUCUCCCAAAGUGGUGUCCCUGAAAAAAAUCUACGAUCGAGAGCAGACCAGAUACAAGGCCACUGGUCUGCACUUCAGACACACUGAUAACGUGAUCCAGUGGCUGAACGCCAUGGAUGAGAUUGGGUUGCCUAAGAUCUUUUACCCGGAAACUACAGAUAUCUAUGAUCGAAAGAACAUGCCGAGAUGUAUCUACUGUAUCCAUGCACUCAGCUUAUACCUGUUCAAGCUCGGCCUGGCCCCUCAGAUUCAAGACCUAUAUGGAAAGGUUGACUUCACAGAAGAAGAAAUCAACAACAUGAAGAUCGAGCUGGAGAAGUACGGGAUCCAGAUGCCUGCCUUCAGCAAGAUUGGGGGCAUCCUGGCCAACGAACUCUCAGUGGAUGAAGCGGCAUUGCAUGCUGCUGUUAUUGCCAUUAAUGAAGCUAUUGACCGUAGAGUUCCAGCUGACACGUUUGCAGCUUUGAAAAACCCCAAUGCCAUGCUUGUAAACCUUGAAGAGCCCUUGGCUUCCACUUACCAGGAUAUACUCUACCAGGCCAAGCAGGACAAAAUGACAAAUGCUAAAAACAGGACAGAAAACUCUGAGCGAGAAAGAGACGUUUAUGAAGAGCUGCUCACCCAAGCUGAGAUUCAAGGCAAUAUAAACAAAGUUAACACAUUUUCUGCAUUAGCAAAUGUCGACCUGGCUUUGGAGCAGGAGAACGCGCUGGCCCUGUUCAGGGCUCUGCAGUCGCCGGCUCUGGGUCUGCGCGGCCUGCAGCAGCAGAACAGCGACUGGUACUUCAAGCAGCUCCUGGGCGACAGGCAGCAGAAGAGACAGAGUGGUCAGGCUGAUCCCCUCCAGAAGGAGGAGCUGCAGUCCGGAGUGGACGCCGCCAACAGCGCCGCGCAGCAGUACCAGAGAAGACUGGCCGCAGUGGCCGCCAUCAAUGCUGCAAUCCAGAAGGGGGUUGCUGAGAAGACUGUCCUGGAGCUGAUGAACCCCGAAGCCCAGCUGCCCCAGGUGUACCCCUUCGCUGCCGACCUGUAUCAGAAGGAGCUGGCCACCCUGCAGCAGCAGAGUCCGGAGCAUAGCCUCACACACCCUGAGCUCGCUGUGGCCGUGGAGAUGUUGUCCUCCGUGGCCCUCAUCAACAGGGCACUGGAGUCGGGGGACAUGAACACCGUGUGGAAGCAGCUGAGCAGUUCUGUUACCGGCCUCACCAACAUCGAGGAAGAGAACUGCCAGAGGUACCUCGAUGAGUUGAUGAAGCUGAAAGCUCAGGCACAUGCAGAGAACAAUGAAUUUAUUACGUGGAAUGACAUCCAGGCGUGUGUGGACCAUGUGAACCUGGUGGUGCAAGAGGAACAUGAGAGGAUUUUAGCCAUUGGUUUAAUUAAUGAAGCUCUGGAUGAAGGAGAUGCCCAGAAGACUCUGCAGGCCCUGCAGAUUCCUGCUGCAAAACUGGAGGGGGUGCUCGCAGAAGUGGCCCAGCACUACCAGGACAUGCUGAUCAGAGCAAAGAGAGAGAAAGCCCAGGAAACCCAGGAUGAGUCAGCUGUGUUAUGGUUGGAUGAAAUUCAAGGUGGAAUCUGGCAGUCCAACAAAGACACCCAGGAAGCCCAGAGGUUUGCCUUGGGAAUCUUUGCCAUUAAUGAGGCAGUUGAAAAUGGUGAUGUUGGCAAAACACUAAGUGCCCUUCGUUCACCUGAUGUGGGCUUGUACGGAGUCAUCCCUGAGUGUGGUGAGACUUACCAGAGUGACCUUGCUGAAGCCAAGAAGAAAAAACUAGCCGCAGGAGAUAACAGCAGCAAGUGGGUGAAGCACUGGGUGAAAGGCGGCUAUUACUAUUACCACAACCUGGAGACCCAGCAAGGGGGAUGGGACGAGCCCCCGGAUUUCGUGCAGAAUUCUAGGCAGCUCUCUCGGGAGGAGAUCCAGAGUUCCAUCUCCGGGGUGACUGCUGCAUACAAUCGAGAACAGCUGUGGCUGGCCAACGAGGGCCUGAUCACCAAGCUGCAGGCCUGCUGCCGCGGGUACCUGGUGCGACAAGAAUUCCAGUCCAGGAUGAACUUCCUGAAGAAACAAAUCCCUGCCAUCACCUGCAUUCAGUCACAGUGGAGGGGAUACAAGCAGAAGAAGGCGUACCAGGACCGGCUGGCCUACCUGCGCUCCCACAGAGAUGAAGUUGUGAAGAUCCAGUCCCUGGCAAGGAUGCACCAAGCCAGAAAGCGCUAUAGAGAUCGCCUCCAGUAUUUCCGAGACCAUAUCGAUGACAUCAUCAAAAUCCAGGCUUUCAUCCGGGCAAACAAAGCUCGUGACGACUACAAGACUCUCAUCAACGCCGAGGACCCUCCCAUGAUCGUGGUCCGGAAGUUCGUGCACUUGCUGGACCAGAGCGACCAGGAUUUCCAGGAGGAGCUCGACCUCAUGAAGCUGCGAGAGGAGGUGAUCACCCUCAUUCGCUCCAACCAGCAGCUGGAGAACGACCUCAACCUCAUGGACAUCAAAAUCGGGCUGCUGGUGAAGAACAAAAUCACGCUGCAGGAUGUGGUUUCCCACAGUAAAAAACUUACCAAAAAAAAUAAGGAGCAGUUGUCUGAUAUGAUGAUGAUAAAUAAGCAGAAGGGAGGCCUCAAGGCUUUGAGCAAGGAGAAGAGAGAGAAACUGGAAGCUUAUCAGCACCUGUUUUAUUUAUUGCAGACCAACCCCACCUACCUGGCCAAGCUGAUCUUUCAGAUGCCCCAGAAUAAGUCCACCAAGUUCAUGGACUCUGUGAUCUUCACACUCUACAACUACGCGUCCAACCAGCGGGAGGAGUACCUGCUCCUGCGGCUCUUUAAGACGGCUCUCCAGGAGGAAAUCAAGUCGAAGGUGGAUCAGAUUCAAGAGAUUGUGACCGGAAACCCUACGGUUAUUAAGAUGGUUGUAAGCUUCAACCGUGGUGCCCGGGGCCAGAAUGCCCUGAGACAAAUCUUGGCCCCUGUUGUGAAGGAAAUUAUGGAUGACAAAUCUCUCAACAUCAAAACAGACCCGGUGGAUAUUUACAAAUCUUGGGUUAACCAGAUGGAGUCUCAGACAGGGGAGGCAAGCAAACUGCCCUACGACGUGACUCCCGAGCAGGCUCUGGCUCACGAAGAAGUCAAGACCCGGCUCGACAACUCCAUCAGGAACAUGCGGGCCGUGACCGACAAGUUCCUGUCGGCCAUCAUCAGCUCCGUGGACAAAAUCCCUUACGGGAUGCGCUUCAUUGCCAAGGUGCUGAAGGACUCGCUGCACGAGAAGUUCCCCGAUGCUGGUGAGGAUGAGCUGCUGAAGAUUAUCGGUAACUUGCUUUACUAUCGGUACAUGAACCCGGCCAUCGUCGCUCCCGAUGCCUUUGACAUCAUUGACCUGUCGGCAGGGGGCCAACUCACCACAGACCAGCGCCGAAAUCUGGGCUCCAUUGCCAAGAUGCUCCAGCACGCAGCUUCCAAUAAGAUGUUUCUGGGAGAUAACGCCCACUUAAGCAUCAUUAACGAGUACCUUUCGCAGUCCUACCAGAAAUUCAGACGAUUCUUCCAAACUGCUUGUGACGUCCCGGAGCUUCAAGAUAAAUUUAAUGUGGAUGAGUACUCUGACUUAGUAACUCUCACCAAACCGGUUAUCUACAUUUCCAUUGGUGAGAUCAUCAACACCCACACUCUCCUGUUAGAUCACCAGGACGCCAUCGCCCCGGAGCACAAUGACCCGAUCCAUGAGCUGCUGGACGACCUUGGCGAGGUGCCCACCAUCGAGUCCCUGAUAGGGGAAAGCUCUGGCAACGUGAACGACCCGAACAAGGAAGGUCUGGCGAAGACGGAAGUCUCUCUCACGCUGACCAACAAGCUUGACGUCCCGGGAGACGAGAACGCAGAAAUGGACGCCCGGACUAUCCUGCUGAACACAAAGCGUUUAAUUGUGGAUGUCAUCCGCUUCCAGCCAGGAGAGACCUUGACGGAGAUCCUGGAAACACCAGCCACCAGUGAGCAGGAAGCAGAGCAUCAGAGGGCCAUGCAGAGACGUGCCAUCCGUGACGCCAAAACUCCUGACAAGAUGAAGAAGUCAAAGUCUGUGCAGGAAGACAGCAACCUCACGCUCCAGGAGAAGAAGGAGAAGAUCCAGACAGGCUUAAAGAAGCUCACGGAACUUGGGACUGUGGACCCAAAGAACAAAUACCAGGAACUGAUCAACGACAUUGCCAAGGACAUUCGGAAUCAGCGGAGAUACCGGCAGAGGAGAAAGGCCGAGCUGGUGAAGCUGCAGCAGACGUACGCUGCUCUGAACUCCAAGGCCACCUUCUAUGGGGAGCAGGUGGAUUACUAUAAAAGCUAUAUCAAAACUUGCUUGGAUAACUUAGCCAGCAAGGGCAAGGUCUCCAAAAAGCCUCGGGAAAUGAAAGGGAAGAAAAGCAAAAAGAUUUCUCUGAAAUACACCGCGGCAAGACUCCAUGAGAAGGGAGUUCUCCUGGAAAUCGAGGAUCUGCAAGUGAAUCAGUUUAAGAAUGUUAUCUUUGAAAUCAGUCCGACAGAAGAGGUUGGAGACUUUGAAGUGAAAGCCAAAUUCAUGGGCGUUCAGAUGGAGACUUUCAUGUUACAUUAUCAGGACCUGCUGCAGCUCCAAUACGAAGGCGUCGCCGUCAUGAAACUCUUUGAUAGAGCUAAGGUAAACGUCAACCUCCUGAUCUUCCUUCUCAACAAGAAGUUCUACGGGAAGUGAGGAGCCCGUGCUGCCGGCCGGGGUGCAGGGGAGAAGGCGGCGCGGCUGCCCGGCGGGAGUCCUCCACUCACUGAAGCCAGCCCCAGCCCGCAGCGCUCCUCGGUCUCGGUAGCCCAACGCCACUCUGCUAACUCCUGCCCUCCUAGGCCGUGCGUUGCCCCUGUUCAUAGAGAAAUUGUAUUUCAGGCUUAGUCUGGCGCUCUGGCUCCUUUGUUUUCCUCCACGGCUUCGGAAAGAGUGGGAACGCCACUAAAAUCUCUGUUGUUACAGUCUCCAAAGUUGCAUUACUGUAUCGUAAGCUCUGGUGUUUAGGUAGCAGUCAGAAGGGUGGGAUUCCAGUUCUUGUUUUAGACAUGGAAGCUGUGAGCACCAGUGGCACGCCUCUGCGUGAGCUGCACAGUGAACCUGUCAGGUGGUCGGGGGUCGCUGGGAAGGGAAGUUCCUCUGUAUCUCUGCCCCGUCAGUACAACAGAAGGGCCAGGGAUCGCUGCCACUCCUCCGUUCUGUUGUACUUUGUGGGCAGGAGCUAGAGGAAGUCACCACUCUGUAUUCUAAGGGAGUAUUUAUAGAGAAAAGGAGAUUAAAAAAAAAAAUCACUGUCAAAUUCAGGCGUUUCUGUUAGUGUAGCGCCCUCUGCGCUGGAUGGAGAGUCCCCUUGGCAGUGUGCAGUGGCUCAGGUGAGCUCAGGAGGCCACGACGUCCGUGUGUGCGUCCCUGCUGAGAGACAGACGUACUUCUGGCCCGUGGCCUGCUCCUCCCCUGGCGCCAAGACUGGGGUCUCCCCGUGUAGGGUAGAACUGGGUUUAAAACUGUUUUAUAUCUUAAGAGUGCCUUCUUAAAAUGUAGAUUUAUUUCUUAAAAAGGGGGUGAUAGGAAUUUAAGAUUCAUAUAAUGCUUCAAGCCUUUAGAGAACUACUUGGAGAGGGUUUGAAAGUUGGUUUAUCUGUAUAUCUGAACUCUUGAAGCUCUCUUAUAGCUGAAACACUAGGAUUUCUCUGCCAGGUUGCAGAGAGAGAGAAUCCUGCCUUAACUAGCCAAGACAAAGACAAGCAAACCAGCGGAUGUCACACUUGAGGUUCAAAUCCACUUCUCCCUCCUCUCCUCUCCUGCUGCCUGCACUGUGCCUUUGUUCUCAGAGCCCCGGUUUUCUGGGCUCAGUCAGAAACAGUUCAGUUCAAAACACUGAAGUAAGGAAGCCUUUCUUCUUGGGUGAAAACUCUUGUACUUUAAACAAAAUCUAUGUGUCCGAGGAGAUGCCGACGUCAGGCUCCCGAGCCUCCGUUUCCUCCACGGUCUUGGUUCAGUGCCCUUUUAUCCCCAAAGCUAAAACUUGGGAGGCUGACGUGAAAGAAUUUACAGAUGUUUAUUGAAAGCCAGUAAACUUUUAAUUAAUGACAAAUGAGGCGGCGAGUCCCGUGACAGGUGUUAUGCGAGCGUCUCUCCUGACAGGCGGCUUCCCCGGUGCAGCAAGGCGCGGGGAGCCGGGGAGGAGUCGCCUCCGCCCUGAUCUUCUCUCGUAUUUUGGAAGAGGAUUUAUUUUUUAGUGGGCUCCGUCCUUAGAUCUAAAGGGGGAGGCAAUCGCAGCCAGCCCCGCCACGGAAGCUGUGUCAGGCGCUUCCCUGAAGAGGGGACAGCCAGCCCAGGUGCCACCUCCAAGGCACCCCGUGGUGAGCAGAGGUUACGACCGCUGCAGUCAAACACCAUGCCCCCAUUCCGGGUGAGGAUCACCGCUCCUAACACAGCACGGGCGCCGGGUGCCCUCCGGGGGUCUGCAGUCAGAGGACGCCCUGUGGCAUCCCACGCUGCACGGGGACCCCGCAGGGCCAUGCAACCAUUAUUUAUUAGCCAUAGCGUUCCUUCUCCACCCCCCUCCUCUCUGGCCAGCCAUCAUGACAUUUACCAUGAAUUUACUUCCGCCCCAGAACCUGGACUGCCCGUCGGAUUGUUGCUACACACAAUUGCCUUUGUAUCUCUGUAUGGAAUAAAAGGUCAUUUGUU